GAGAAAAGGGAGAUGUGGAUGAGAAAGAACCAAAAGCCAGUUAAGGCACACAGAAACCCCCAAUUGGUGAUGUGAUUAUUCCAUCUCGAAAAUCUCAACGAAUCAACCGACCUUUGAGAUUUUUGUUGUCAUAUCCAUAAAUUCCGGUGACGGAUUGCUCGACGAUCUUUUUUUUGUCGUCGUUGUUAUUGAUAAUUUCCGAUGGUGAUCACCGGACAAUAUGACGGUACAGAUUCGUCGGAGUACGAUUACAUUAGAAGACACCAUAAGCAUGAGGUUAGAGAGAACCAGUGCACUUCAUCGAUUGUAAAACACAUCAAAGCGCCUGUUCAUCUUGUAUGGUCCUUAGUGAGGAGGUUUGAUCAACCGCAAAAGUACAAACCCUUCGUGAGCGGAUGUAAUGUGCAAGGCGACCUUGAAAUUGGGAGUGUCAGAGAAGUGAAUGUUCGAUCCGGGCUUCCCGCUACCACGAGUAUGGAGAGGUUGGAGCUUCUCAACGAAGAAGAGCAUAUCUUGGGCAUGAGAAUAGUUGGUGGUGAUCACAGGCUUCGGAACUACUCGUCGAUCAUUACCCUUCAUCCAGAGAUUAUUGACGAGAGGCCAGGGACUUUGGUGAUAGAAUCAUUUGUCGUAGACGUUCCAAAUGGCAACACCAAAGAUGAGACAUGCUAUUUUGUGGAGGCCCUCAUCAAGUGUAACCUUAAGUCAUUGGCUGAUGUCUCGGGGCGCUUGGCUGUGCAAGACCGAACGGAGUCCAUAGUUGGAGUGUGAAGCAAAGAUAUUAGUAGUAGACUGGACCGGACUGAAUGGGACAAUCUCCCAUCUAUGUGCAUAUAACUUUAGAUAAGAGUUUCUUGCUCCUAAAUGGACAAUAAUUGUGAUCGUGUUUAGUAAAUCUCAUUCCUCUUUGUGAACUGUGUUUCAAGUUCAUUGUCAAUCACUUUGUCCUUGCCCACAACAAAAUCCACAAUGUUCGGGGGCAUUUAAGAAGUUGUCACUGUUUUUUUAGAACAUAAAUAAGUAGAAUAGGAAAUUUUGCAAAUCACUUUUUGUAAAUUUUGUUUCAAAUGUAGUGCCAUUGUGUUAUAAUGACCAUGUU